AUGACACCGAGGAAUGCAAUACUAGCCAUGAUUGGAUGCUUUCUGCUUGGUGCUCUCGGCAUCUAUGUCCUAUCGGGUAUACUGCACAAGUACAUUCCGCAUUCAGUUGUGGACUGCAAUGACGAGCAUGGCGAUGAAGAGCACGGAGAAGUUGGAAAUGAGCACACGCACGCCCAUCAACCCAUGUUAGAGCACCAACAUUCACUGCCGCAAGCUGAACAUCAUCACGAGCACCCCUCGUACGGUACAAAUAGCGAAACCGCCGCAUCUGCUACCCCUUCCCGCAGACCCUCAUUUCAUCAAACCAUCUCAUCCAAAAUGACCCAACUUGUGACUCGGGCUGAAAAGCCAUGCGACAACGAUGACAGCCAAUGCUAUGGAGACCUAUGCGAGAUUCGCCCUGCACGCUUGCAAAGCCGGAAAUCCCUCGCCAGCCUCAACGCAGCUACACCUUCCGGUAUGAGUAGAAGUCAGACACUUCACGUGCCCACCGAUCGUCGUGUAUCCGCACUAGAGGACGUAGACGAAUCCUCGCCCUUGAUUCCUUCCAAGUCCGUCCCUGCAACCUUGGAUACUUCUCCCACAGACGAAUCCGCUGUUGCAAACGGCCAUGCACAUGCGAGUGGAAGACAGAAACAUAGUCGUAGCUCUUCAGCCUCUUCUUUCGCAUCAUCGUCUCACUCGCACUCGCACCAUCAUCACGGCCUCGAAGCCUCGCAACACCACCACCAUGUUCCAACAAAUGUAUUCCUCUCGCUUGGUCUCCAAACUAGCACCGCCAUCGCGCUGCACAAGAUUCCCGAAGGAUUCAUUACAUAUGCUACCAACCACGCAAACCCCACGCUUGGCUUCUCCAUCUUCCUCGCUCUCUUCAUUCAUAACAUCACCGAGGGCUUUGCACUCGCUCUACCCCUCUAUCUAGCCAUCAACUCCCGUUGGAAAGCUAUGCUCAUCUCAGCGGUUCUCGGUGGCGUGAGUCAGCCACUGGGCGCAGCCGUUGCCGCAUUGUGGUUCAAGGUACAGGGUAAGGAAAGACAGGAGGAGGGUGGUAUGGAUGUGGUGUAUGGAUGCAUGUUUGCGGCGACGGCAGGUAUUAUGACAAUGGUCAGCUUGCAGUUGCUGGGCGAGAGUCUGGAAUUGACCACGAGUCGGAAGUUGUGCUUUAUUUCGGCGUUUGCAGGCAUGGGCAUAUUGGGUUUGAGUAGUGCGCUUACGGCAUAG